AUGGCGCUCAGAUUUUCCGCCACUCAUAUCACCAACCAAGAAGAGAGUUCCGAUCCCGAAUACUCAGAGACUCAUCCCGGCGAGUCCAGCUCAGAAGACGAGGAUGAGGAUCUGACUUGGGACGAUUGGGUCUCGGACUCCCUCUCUAAGCGCCCUUGCAAGUCCCUAUUCGAAAAUAGGACGUUUGACACCGUACAAGAGGCCUUGGCCUACGAUGAAACCACUCACGGCUCUAGCCUCAAAGAAAUCACAGCGAGACUGAGACUAGAUCCGUACAAACGCAUCCGUCUCAUCAACUGGAUAAGGAAGGAGCAUCCAUCUUCGUCUGAGGUUGCGAACCUGACCGGCUCCGAACCUUUCUUCACCGAAGAUGAGUACCUCAAGCCAAGUAUAGAAGAUGACCCCUUACUCCAAAUUGAACCAGACGAUUGGUCAGACUCGGAUGAAGAGGCCGAGCAGGGCACACUCGAAGAACCCAAGGAUCUUGAUACGGCCAAGCGCCAGAUCAAGGCGCUCCAACGAAAACUUCAGCAGGCGACGCAAGACCUCGUCUACUACCACCAGUUCGUCAGCGAACGUCUGAAUUUGGCAGGUCUCGCCGACGAGCUCCAGAAGGGCGAGGGUACUUCUUCGGCGAGCCACGUCGCCGUACCAUUGCGCGAUGAUGACUCGCAUUACUUCCAGAGCUAUGCCGAGAACGAUAUCCACUCCGUUAUGAUCAACGAUAAGGUUCGAACGGCGUCGUACGCGAAGUUCAUCCUGUCGAACCCGGAGCUGUUCCGCGAUGCCGUCGUUAUGGACGUAGGUUGUGGGACUGGCAUUCUGUCGUUGUUCGCCGCAAGCGCGGGAGCGAAGCGUGUCUUUGCCAUCGACGCGAGCGACAUCGCUGAGAAAGCCGAGAAGAUUGUGAAGGCCAACGGGUUAGACAAUGUCAUCACCGUCAUCCGCGGCAAGGUCGAGAACAUCAAGCUUCCCGAAGGCUUCGACAAGGUCGACAUCAUCGUAUCCGAAUGGAUGGGAUAUGCGUUGCUGUACGAGUCGAUGCUCGACUCCGUACUCCAUGCACGCGACCGCUUCUUGAAGGAUGGCGGGGUCAUGGCUCCCAGCCAGACCAAGAUGAUGUUCGCCCUGUGCGAAGCCAGCGAGCUGUUCAAGGAGCGCAUAGGCUUUUGGAAUGAUGUUUACGGUUUCGAUUUGUCGGAGAUGGGUUCCCACGUCUACGAUGAUGCCGUGGUCGACGUUGUUGGGCCCGAUACGGUCGUUAGCCAGCCGGUUGAAGUCAAGGACCUAUAUCUAGGUAGCAUAACCCCGAAGCAACUCGACUUUUCUUCCCCAUUCAAGCUUGUCUCCACCUCCGAGCGCCGUAUCAAAGUCCACGCCUUCGUCCUCUACUUCGACACCUUCUUCACGAACACCGGUGCCCCGAUCCCGGACGACGUCGAGGCCUACGUUAUCCACGAGGGCGACCCAAUCCUUGCGGAGGUAUGGCCGCUUGGGGGACGUCCAUACCAGGGGCGGCGGAUGAGCACGGGCGGGGGCCUGACGGGCCGCCCGAAGGUAACGAGCUUCAGCACGGGCCCGGCGUCGAUGCCGACCCACUGGAAGCAGACCAUCUUCUUCUUGCGCGAGCCCAUCAGCGUCGCGGACGGCACUGUGGUCGAGGGGAUGUUCAAGUGCAAGAAGAGCACGGACAACUCGCGCGAGCUGGACGUCGAGAUCCACUUCUCCGUUAGAGAGCCGGACGCGGACGCCGGGGCGGGGGAUGUGGUCGUACAGAUCUACAAGGUGCGGUAGUCGCAUCGAGAGCUACAAUCGAGCGGUCGGAAGUCGACUAGAUGACAUGUAAGAAGUCAGGAAAGCAAACUGUAAUGAUCUAGCUGAACACACACAAUCGAAUCUGCAUUGCGC